AUGUCUAACUAUCAAUUAAAAUGCCUACUUACCUCCCAGAUCACCACUCCCUUCGCCAACACCAAAGACAUCAUCGUAGCCCUGCACAACCACGACCUCACGAUCAAAACUAUCGUCGUAAAUUCCAUCAACUCCAACUUCGUACAUGGUCACAAAGCCGCCACAGCGAUAUAA